AUGGCAUCUUUGCCAUCUCCAGAUGGCAAACAGGUCGGCCGCUUCAACAUGACAGGUCUCACUGCGCUGUAUCAUACUGCUACAUUUGCCACAGGCUUCAGCAACAAUGAGCGUCAAGCGGCUGCACAGGCUUUGCUCAGGCAUGAUUCUCACAUCGAUGGCUCCCAUUAUCAGACUAGGACAUUGGGGGGUCUUCACCCGUCAUAUAUCAGCUUCAAUCAGUCGAGCAAUGCAGAAGAGCGGACCCUCACACAUAGCGAGCUGCUUGAUGCAGCCACCCAGGAUGUCUUUGAUGCAGAAACGCAGCAGCGAAUUGGCGGAGAUGUUGCCGUCUUAGUACAGGCAUUCGCACAAGAGUUCGCAGUACCUCAUUUGCAGCGUUUUGCUACCCGCUGUGCCAUUGAAAAGGUGAAACCCAGUAGGCGCUUUGAAGUCCCUGCAACUCAUAUCAGCGCUACUGGGCCACGACACAUCCCUCCACCUAUGGUUGCCACAGGAGCUCGAAUCCAAUGCUCUGCGCAAGCCCCAGACACCUUUUCCACCAAUCUGCAGUCCCCUUUCCAUCAGUCAGACUCUGCUGCCAUUCAUCGUGGUGUGGAAUUGGCUGCUGGAUCUGCAAACCGAACUAAACCAUUGACGCCACGCUCGGAGAUGCGUCAACACCGACCGGCCGAUGUAUUCACCAAGGCUGUUCCCCUUGUUGUGGGACCAACUCAGGGACAACUUGCUUGCAAUCUGUCAAUGGUUGGGCCACCACUUAUUAGUAUCGGGCCAUAUACAGAUGCUGCACUCGAUCAGGUGAAGUUGGGUGACAAGAAUUUGCCGAAACUCCGAACAUUAGUGGGAUCAGUUCGCAGCAGCCGGUGGGAGGCAGUGUUCAGGUCCCCGACGUGGGACUUGACUUAUGAACAAGCCUCCAUUUUGUCUAAUGCCCUCCUCAUGGACCUACAGGUAGGUAUAAGGGACAUCAACCCUGAGGUUGCCACGAAGCAUCGGGCGUCAGCGCUUACCACCAUCCUCAAGAUCCUCGGCAUCUUGGUGUUUUUGUUAUGGAAUGAUGUGAUAUUUGAGCCUAACCGCAAUGUUGACGGACUUGAAAAAUACCUUUUCUCGUCAAUGGUUUCCCAGUCAUUCUUCGCCGACAAGCGCAGUUCAAAUGCGAGACACAUCCAGCCACCUGCCCAUCGACGUUCAAACAUCGUGCUCAGUAAAGAAGCCCGUGCCGCUCUCAGUAUCCGCCAAGUUCAAAACGAUUUAUACAUAGGUCGUGGACUUCUCCACUCAAAGCACUCUAAGGCGAAUUUAUGGAAUGCGUUCUGCUGGAAGAAGAAUCAAGAGAAAGAGAACGAUAGCCAUGGUAAAGCGGUGCUUCAAACACUUGUCCGCGACCACAAAUCUGAAUACCUCGCGCUCUCAAACGAAGAACAAGUUGAACUUCUCACCAAGUUCACUGCAUGGAAAGAGAUGAAGAAGACAGGUGUUCGCAUGACAGCCAAGUCAAAAAUCAACGAUAUCACGCAAACAUUGAAGGCAGUGGAAAAUGAGCUCAAGAGCCUCCAUUGUCGUACAGGCGCGGAAUCUAUUCUAUACACCACACGUGGAUCUACGGAUGUUCCCCUCCGAGGUGUCGUGUUUGCCACUCAAGGUGUUGACAACUUCAUGGACACUGUCAUGGGGAUCGACAACCAGGAUUUAGUCAGCAAAAUGGAAGGCUUCGCCGUCCAGGGGAUGAAAGGUUCUGCAAAAAACCACCAGAAGCGCGUCUCCGAUAAACAUGCAGAAAUCCGGGACAUCAUCAACCGAAAGCUUCGCGAGUACCCCCCCGCCCCUACAACAAUGAAUUUAUUAAUUUUAUUUACAGAGGAGUGUACCGGUGACCCUGGCGCAAAGAUGCAAUGGGCACAUUACUUCCGCAAUGUUGUUUAUCAAGUAUCGAGUGCACUUCCAGACCUCCAGAUGCUUUGCAAUAGGUGGGAUCAUGGUACGACGUGCUGGAGGUCCUUGAGUGACGAAGAAUUCGAGAAACUCCGUCUGGAGCACGAAGAGAAGCUUGAGAGUGGCGCAAUAAUUGAUCAUCGCCACCGCACUCGAUCUGACAAAGGGACGAAGCGCCGCAGUAUAGCAACAUCUGCAACAGCUCAUCGCAAACAGUACAAGAGCGCAGAGACAAUUGGGGACAGCGACAGCAGUGAUACAGAGCCAACUGUUCGCGAUACAGAGGCAGCCGCUCACAAUACAGAACCAGCUGUUGAUACAGAACCAGCCGUUCACGGUGAUGACUCCAUCCCUCGCUUUGACUGUGAUGCAAUGUUGGCUGACUUAGAACGAAUGUUUGGCCCCGCACCUGCUUUAAGUUUGAUGUUGGAGUGA